ACUACCCCAUCUCUCUCUUUUUCUCUCCCUCUGGUUUUGAAACGAAGAGAGCUUCCUGCUUGAAACGCUUCUCCAGGAUUCCUUUCUCUCUCUGUAUCUCUGUCUAUCUCACUCUUCUUUAACUGAGUCUGAUUGGAAGAAUGAAUGCCAAGCCCAAGAGAAGAUCUAUAUCAGAAAAUGGGGAUGGAGGGCCAGAGUUGGGCUUAGCAACCUCGAUUGCGAAUGGGGAUGAUUUGGGACCUGUUGUUAGACUUGCUUUUGAAGCGGGGAAGCAUGAACUGAUCUUGAAUCAGCUCAGGAACAUUGUGAAAAAGAAGGAAGCUGAGAUAGAAGAGUUGUGCAAACUCCAUUAUGAGGAUUUCAUUCUCGCUGUUGACGAACUCCGUGGUAUUUUGAAUGAUACAUAUCAACUCAAAAGCAUGCUUUCUGGUGAGAAUUCCCAGCUUCAAGAAGUGGCCAGUUCCCUUCUAAUGAAGGUUGAUGAAAUUCUUGAGAUGUAUUCGGUUAAGAAAAAUGUCUCUGAGGCUAUACGGACAUUAAAUGUCUGUAUCCAGGUCUUGACUUUAUGUCUGAAGUGCAACCAGCAAAUCAAAGAUUGCCGAUUUCACCCUGCACUGAAGAUGGUUGAUCUCAUUGAGAAGGAAUAUUUGCAGGGUGUACCUCUUAAGGCACUCAGGAAGGUGAUUGAGAAGCAAAUACCAGAGGUAAGAUUGCAUAUUGAGAAGAAGGUUUGUGGUGAGUUCAAUGAUUGGCUUGUGUACAUAAGGGACAAAGCGAGGGAUAUUGCACAGAUGGCAAUCCGACAAGCUGCCUCAGCUCGUCAAAGAGAUGAGGAAAUGCGUGACAAACAAAGAGAUUAUGAGGAGCAGAGUAAUUCAGGUUUGAAUGAAUUUGUCUAUGCUUUGGACACUGAGCAGAUGGAAGAUGAUUCACUUGUAGAAUUUGAUCUGACCCCCUUAUAUCGAGCAUAUCAUAUCCAUGCUUGUCUUGGUAAAGAGGAUAUGUUCCGCAAGCAGUACAAUAAGGAACGACUGGCGCAGCUCAACUUGGAUUUGCAGAUCUCCCAGGCACAAUCAUUCCUGGAGUCUCACCAAAAUUUUUUUGCACAGAUAGCUGGGUUCUUCAUUGUUGAGGAUCGUGUGCUACGAACAGUUGUAGGGUUUCUCUCUGAGAGUCAACUAGAAUCAAUGUGGGAUACAGCUCUUCAGAACAUUACAUCAGUUCUCGAGGAUCAAUUUUGUCGUAUGGAUACUGCAAGCCAUCUCCUCCUGAUCAAGGAUUUUGUAACACUCAUAGCCAUGGCUCUAAGGCGCUACGGGUACAAAGUGGGUCCUCUACUUGACGUUCUUGAUAACAGCAGAGAUAAGUACCAUGAGCUUCUUCUAAAUGAUUGCAGGAAGCAGAUAACAGAGGUACUUGCUAGUGACACAUUUGAGCAGGUGGUAAUAAGAAAGGAGAAUGAGUAUGACGCAAAUAUCUUGUCAUUUCGUCUGCAAGUCUCUGAUGUGAUGCCACUGUUCCCUUAUGUAGCGCCGUUCUCCUCUUCAGUUCCUGAGGCUUGUCGUAUUGUGCGCUCCUUCAUUAAGGAUUCAGUGAGUUAUUUGAAACACGGAGGUCAGAUUAAUUUCUAUGAUACUGUAAAGAAGUAUGUAGACAAACUCUUGGUUGAUGUGUUGAAUGAGGCAUUGCUAAAAGCGAUUCAAAGUGGUUCAUCGGGAGCUUCACAGGUUAUGCAGAUUGCAGCCAACACCGCUGCCCUUGAACGUGCAUGUGAGUAUUUUCUUUCACAAAUUGCACAUCUUUGCAGUAUCCCCUUGCGCUUAGUUGAAAGGCCUCAUUCUAGUUUGACUGCCAAAACUUCUCUGAAGUUAACACAAGUUGUCGCCUAUAAUUCACUUCUCAUUUUAGUCAAGUCAAAGGUAGAUGAGCUUAUGGUUCUCAUGAGCAAAAUUAAUUGGAUGCCAGAUGAGGAACCGGAUAAUGAAAAUGAGUAUAUUGACGAGGUCCUUAUCUAUCUCAAUUCCUUAUUAUCCACAGCUCAGCAGAUUUUGUCUCUGGAUGCUCUUUACAAGAUUGCAAGCGGGAUUCUGGAUCACAUUUCACAUUCUAUAGUGACUGCUUUUCUCAGUGAGAAUGUCAAGAAAUUCAAUCUCAAUGCUGUCGUCGGCAUUGACAAUGACCUCAAGAUGUUAGAAUCAUUUGCUGAUGAUCAAUUUCAAAACAGCGGUUUGAUUGAUUUGAAGGAAGGAGGCAGCCUAAGGGACUACCUUGUAGAAGCUCGGCAAUUGGUCAAUCUUUUACUGAGCCAUCAGCCUGAUAACUUCAUGAACCCUGAAAUAAGAGAGAAACAUUAUGGUGCUUUAGACCAUAAAAAAGUCAGCAUUAUUUGCGAGAAAUACAAGGACUCACCGGACACUCUAUUCGGAAGCCUGUCAAACAAAAAUGCUAAGCAAAGUGCUCGCAAGAAGUCCAUGGAUAUGUUGAAAAAAAGACUAAAGGAGCUCAACUGAUACACAUGAUUCAUCAGAGUACCUAAUUCCUUCUGCAUAAAUCAUUUGCAUCAGAGAUCAAACUUAAAAUUUGUAUAUUAGCAGUCUGCAUGGAUACCAAAUCCUUGUACUGCUACUCAAUUUUUGUACCGCUGAAUCUAUGUUUUGACUCGGUUUCUGCCGAUGUUCAUCUGCAGAAUGAAGCUUGUUUGAGAGCAAUUAUAUGAUCUUGAUGAUUAAAAUCUUAAAUCAAAGACUAUGUAUAAUAUAGAGAUA